GAGCUGCUACCAAACGACGGUUAGCAAUAAUAAGCAGCUGGCAAGGAGGCAGGCCCAGUCAGAGGAGGAGAGGAUUAAUCGGCCAGGUGGGUCGAGGUCGAAAGAGGAUAAGCAAAGUAUGGAGAAGGGCAAGGAGAAGAUGGAUAUUCAGCCAGGGGGAGAGGUGGAGGAGAUACAGAUGAUCGAGGGGUGUGAAGAGAGGAAGUUCAGAAUCGGGAAAGACUUGGAGGAGCCUAUCCGGUCGAGGCUUAUCGAUCUGGUCAGGGAGUUCGCGGAUAUUUUUGCCUACACCGCGGAGGAGUUGACGGGGAUAAGUGCGGAAGUGAUCGAACACCGGCUGAACAUAGACCUCAGUGUGAGGCCGGUGAAGCAAAAAAGAAGACACCAUGGGGCCGAGAUGACGAAAUCAUUGAGAAGGAGGUCGAGAAGCUAUUGGGAGCAGGGCAUAUCAAGGAAAUCCAGUUCCCUGAAUGGUUUCGAGGAGGAGUCAGGAGGGUUAUGGAAGCUAUUUGUGGAUGGAUCUGUGGCGCGAAGCGGGGCAGGAUUGGGAAUUGUCCUUGUUUCUCCUAAAGGCGAUUACUUGGAAUUUGCAGCUAAAGUGGGGUUCAAAGUAUCCAAUAAUGAGGCCGAAUAUGAAGCAGUAAUCAAAGGCCUGAGUUUAGCCAAGGCGGGAGGAGCUCGAAAAGUACAAGUGCAUUCUGAUUCUCAACUG